GAAGAUUGUAGGGAAGAUAGACGAGGACGGAGAUGGGUUUGUGACAGUGGAGGAGCUGAAGGCCUGGAUCAAGUUUGCCCAAAAGCGCUGGAUUUACGAGGAUGUGGAGCGCCAGUGGAAGGGCCACGACCUCAACGAGGAUGGGCUUGUGUCCUGGGAGGAGUACAAAAAUGCCACCUAUGGGUAUAUCCUGGAUGAUCCAGACCCUGACGAUGGCUUCAACUACAAGCAGAUGAUGGUGCGGGACGAGCGGCGCUUCAAGAUGGCCGACAAGGACGGGGACCUGGCCGCCACCAAGGAGGAGUUCACGGCCUUCCUGCACCCCGAGGAGUACGACUACAUGAAGGACAUUGUGGUGCAGGAGACCAUGGAGGACAUUGACAAGAAUGGCGAUGGUUUCAUUGACCUGGAGGAGUACAUCGGUGACAUGUACAGCCAGGACGGUGAUGCUGAUGAGCCUGAGUGGGUGAAGACGGAGCGGGAGCAGUUCGUGGAGUUCCGGGACAAGAACCGGGAUGGGAAGAUGGACAAGGAGGAGACCAAGGAUUGGAUCCUGCCCUCGGACUACGACCACGCCGAGGCUGAGGCCCGGCACCUCGUCUACGAGUCCGACCAGGACAAGGACGGGAAGCUGACGCGGGAGGAGAUCGUGGACAAGUCAGACCUGUUCGUGGGCAGCCAGGCCACGGACUUCGGGGAGGCGCUGGUGCGGCACGACGAGUUCUAGGAAAUUGGAAUUAAAAUUGGAAUUUGAAUUGGGCUGAAAUUUGAAUUAAAAAUGGAAUUGGAAUUGAACAUUGAAAUCAAAGUUGAAAAUGGAAAUUGAAAUGGAAUUGGACCCAAAUAAGUGAAAUUGGAUUAAAUGGAAACAGUGAUGUGAAAUUGGAAUGAAAAGUGACCAUUGAAAACCCCAAAGCCGUCAGAGCAGCCGCAGGGCCCAGGGGGUGACCUGGAGGUGACCCCAGCGAGGUUGGACCCUCCUCCCCUGUCGCUGCCCCCUGGGAUCUGGGCGAGACCCCUCCCCCAGCCCCGCUCCAAGUGCCUUGAAUCCCCCAGACCCCUGGGGGAGGGCCUCAUCCCACCCUGCUCUGGGACAAUGCCCCAGGUUUUCUCUCUUCUCUGUUGUUUGUCCCCCUGCAGCCACCAGAGCUGCGUGGAAUCGGGCCCGGCCAUCUCCAAAUCCCCAGGUUUUCCCUUAAAUCCUUUCCCAAAGGUUUCCAAGGGCUGACCGGAUCCUCCCAUCUCCUUCUCCUCUUUCUACUCCUCCUUUUCCUCCCCUCCCUAAAUCCAGUGUAAGUGGGUUGGGAAUAAGGCCCCAUGCAGGGCUUGGGAAUCUGGGGAUGCUGGGGGUGAUCUGGGAAUGUCGGGGUUGGUUUGGGACACCAGGGAUGAUUUGGGACAGCAGAAGUGAUUUUUGGAAAGCCUCUGGUGUAGCCACCCAGCCCUGCAGCAGCCCCUCUCCUGACGUCCCCCGGCUCCCAGCCGUGAGGAUCUGGGACAACUCCAAACACGGAUUUUCCACCUCCUCCGGGUUUACUCCUCGGUUUUCUCCUCGGGCUGAUUGAAGGGAUCCGGAUCGGUUGGAACUCAAUAAAAGUGUUCACCCCCCGAUGGGCCGAGGGGGACGGACCCCA